UCUACCGGUUGCAAGGAGAGGAUCAUGGCGGUCAGCAGCGACAAGCUGGUGGGAUCGGGUUUGCUGCUCGUGAGCGUCACCAUCUUCGUAUACUACACGCUCUGGGUCAUCGUCCUGCCGUUCGUGGACACCUCGCACCCGGUGCAGGACUUUUUCCUGCCUCGGAAGUACGCCAUCGCCAUCCCCACCGUGCUUGUCAUCCUCCUCGUCACGCUCGUGGCAACGUUUAUCGGCCUGACCCUCAUGAAGUCCGCGAGAAAGCAGAAGCUGAAGUCCUCCUGACGACUUGGGUGGUCGAUUGGACCGAUCGGUGUAAAUUGUGUCUUAUUCUCCUGUUGCGCCCGCAUUCUCCGACCCUGUCGGCACACGAUAAGAUUGAGUUCCGCGCAGGAAGAACCAGAUGAGGUUCGGUGGGGAUUACGCCGCAAGUGGUACACGAUAGGCAACGCACCAGUAGGGAGCCGUGCCGUCGUUUAUGGCAAGCCCUGUUUGAGUUUUGGUGUCAUGUGCUCAGGUGGCAUAAUGCCGGUGUGGAAUGGUUGUGUUGCGUGUGUCGCGUUGUGCGUAUGCAUAUGCGUUCCUGUUGUCGAAAUACUGUAGUUUUAUGUACACCUGAUAUAGAUGUCACUUGUUUUGUGAGUUGUGUCGUGAGUCGUAUUCGCAUUUCCGUAGUGUCGCACUGCUCCUUGACGGAAGCUUCCUCGAAUUUACAGCGAGAAACCUCUUCUCGGGGCAGGUGUGGUGUUGUUCCUACACAUGAGCGUAUGCUCGUGGGGGGGGGUUGCAUUGUUCCAAAACUAUGCACCACAUGCCGGUGAUGACGCGUUUUUGACCACCAAAAAACUAUGCGAUGAGGAAAACGCGCGACUACAUCUAACAUCGAAAAAUUGGAGAGCUUGCACCUUGAUGGCACCCACUGCAAUCAAGCGGGGCGUCGAAUGUCGCGGGGCGUCGACCAAGGCUCCACGUUCGUCUCUGAUGUUUGAGAUUGUACUGCGAUAUUUCCUUUUUCGUGUCUUGGUGCUGCUGUACACCCGAUGUACGUGCGUACCGUUUUGUUUUUG